AUCAUGCUGAUGGUGAGGUGACGAUUAUUGAUGGCAACACAGAAUCACAGCCGAUACCCAGAGUGACGGAUACAGGAGUUAGGUCAGGUUCCUUGGAGGCUGAGAAUGAUGUUGUUUUGGAUAGCUGUGGGAUCCUUGCCACCAGCCCCAGCACUAUCUUGAUUACAUCUUCCAGCUCAGGUGACAAGCAACAUAGGCAGGCUUCCAGUACAAGGCCUAUGUCUAACAUAGAAACAUCAGGUUCUUCUCAGCAAAAUACAGACAAGGCAAUAUUUGAAGCAUCUCAGCCCCUAGAGUCUGAUGCAGGGAAGGUGAGUGCUGUAGAGCCUGGAGUGUUUCAUAUGGACCUCCAGCACACCACAGACCCUCAAGAAGACGCUGCAGGUACUACAGACACAGACCCUUGCCAGGAACAGGAGGACCUGUUAUCUCUUCCUACAGACACACACACCAAUGGACUACCUCAGACGUCACAGGUGCCUACAGAUCACAACGACAUGGCUGAAGGACUCCAUGAGGAUUACUUUACCAAAAUACCUCCUCUUUUGGAGGAGGAUCUUGACCAAGAUGAACUGAAAACUGUCCUAGGCAGGCCGAAGCAGCUCUUCCACUCUAACAUGAAGGUUUCUUUAAGUGACUCAUCCCUAAGUCUCCUUGAGGACAAGAAGUCUGCUACUGGCGGUGAUACGAGCCCGUUUGCAAAGCUGAAACAGAAGGUAACAAGCCUGACUCUACCAGGGUCUGGAGCAGGAGGGCGGAGUCCGCCUCAGCCCCCCCGAGGGAUGGUACGGAAGUCACAGCGUGUGCUUGAGAACUUUGAAGACCUUGUGAAGGAGAAACUAGGCAAUGCAGAAUGUAAAACAAGGAUUAUUUUCAUAUGAGGAUCAGGGGGUAGUGUAGGCAUUUUAUAUGUACUUAUAGCAGUAGGUUGUGAAACCUGGCAUUAGAAGUAAAUGUUAGUGCCACACGUGACUGUUGAACAGACAUUAAUCACAUAACAUAGUUGUCUCCCUUUGCAUCAGUUAUAUUUUAACUAUUUUAUAAUGAGGAGCUUUCUAUUUCUGUAUAUCUUAGCUAUUUUUGAAUGAGGAGCUUACUAUUUCUGUACCAUUUCGACCAAAACUAUUUUCUCACUUCAAAAUGUCAUUGUAUGCCUUAAUUAGAAAUGGCUGACAUUGUCGUCUGCUAUCGCAUCACUUCUGGAUGUCAAGGUUUCAGUGGGUAUAAGUUUGGUAUUCAAUGCCACACGAUUUAUAAGCAUCAUGGUCAAAUUCAUUACGAAACUGGACCCUUCCCAGUGAUUAGGGUUGGACAUAGUAGUUGCAUGAUCAACAAGGUAGAGACUGGACACUUGGUGUCCACCACGUGUGCUCCAUAGGAAGAUGUUCAAAUAGGAGUACCCCUUUAAAAUUGCAAGAGUUUUUUUUAUGAAUUUUUAGUUCUGUUCAGGUUGAUAUUGGAAACAUGUGACCAAAUGAGAACUUUUUUGUCAACCUGGCGUCAAUUUUAGGAGUAAUAAGUAUAAGCCCAGCAGUUGUUGUCUAAGAAUAGAUUCCAUAGAAUUUUGUGAUAAUAUACUGGACAAAAUAAGUUAGGGAUAUUUGUAUUUAUAUGAUUGAUAUUUUAUCAGUGUGUCAAUUAAUAAAUACAUCAUUAUUCAUAAUUUCAAAAUUUACAUAUAUCCCUAACUAUUUUUGUCCAGUAUAGAUUGGAAGAUCUGGUGUAUCUCUGAUGUAGCAUAAAUACAAGACAGCAGUAAUAGCAUCAAGACUGUUAGUGACAGGGCAUUUAUUGCUGGGGGAAGGAAACCACUUUGAUCGUUCUUAGGACUAACAUAUGUUGUUGAUCGAUCAUUUUGUGUAACAGUUUCCCUGCCCUAUAAAUGUGUUAACAUUUG